AAGCCCCAGCUGGUGACGGGCGGCGAAAGUUUCAGCCGCUUUCUCCAGGAGCACUGUCCCGUGGUGACCGAAACUUACUACCCGACCGUGUGGUGCUGGGAGAGCCGGGGACAGACGCUGCUGAGACCCUUCAUCACUGCCAAGCCCCCCGUGCAGUACAGGAACGAACUUAUUAAAACCGCAGAUGGAGGGCAGGUUUCCCUGGACUGGUUUGAUAAUGAUAACAGUGCAUAUUACACGGAUGCCAGCACCCGGCCCACUAUCUUACUGUUGCCUGGCCUCACUGGAACCAGCAAGGAGUCGUAUAUCCUUCAUAUGAUCCAUCUCAGUGAAGACUUAGGAUACAGAUGUGUGGUUUUUAAUAACAGAGGAGUGGCAGGAGAGAAUCUCUUGACACCGCGGACGUACUGCUGCGCCAACACUGAAGACUUGGAGACGGUGAUUCACCACGUGCACAGCCUGUAUCCCUCUGCUCCCUUCCUGGCUGCAGGGGUCUCCAUGGGAGGAAUGCUGCUUCUAAAUUACCUGGGCAAAACUGGGCCCAAAACCCCUCUGAUGGCAGCUGCCACGUUCUCGGUGGGCUGGAACACUUUCGCUUGCUCGGAGUCCCUGGAGAAACCGCUGAACUGGCUGCUGUUCAAUUACUACCUGACAACCUGCCUCCAGUCCUCGGUUAAUAAGCACCGACAUAUGUUUGUAAAACAAAUUGAUAUGGACCAUGUCAUGAAGGCUAAAUCUAUCAGAGAGUUUGAUAAGCGAUUCACUUCGGUCAUGUUUGGCUACCGAACAAUCGACGAUUAUUACACGGACGCCAGCCCCAAUCGCAGGCUGAACUCGGUCGGAAUUCCGGUGUUGUGCCUCAAUUCUGUGGACGACGUCUUCUCUCCCAGUCACGCUAUCCCAGUAGAGACUGCUAAGCAGAACCCUAAUGUCGCCUUGGUCCUUACUUCUCACGGAGGCCACAUUGGCUUUCUGGAGGGGAUCUGGCCCAGGCAGAGCACGUACAUGGACCGCGUCUUCAAGCAGUUCGUGCAGGCCAUGGUGGAGCAUGGGCACGAGCUGCCGCGCACGUAGCCCCGGUCCCUCCGGCCACGGCCACGGCAGCCACGGCAGCCAGCGCAGCCACGGCAGCCACGGCCGCCACAGGAGGCAGCCACGGGAGGCAGCCACGGGAGGCAGCCGGGGAGAGGACCAGCACGGGCGUGGUGACGCCUCCUUAGGGAACAAAACAACUUCGUAGCAAGACAUCCAGCAUAGUUUAGAUUGUUCUCUACGUAGAUUUUAUUUUUCCUAUGCCUUACCAAGUAUGACCUUAAUAAAGUAGUCUUCCCGUCUGUGGAAUUGCACUUAACCAAAA